AUGUCUGAUAAUGUUGAGAGGAGAAAGUCCCAGAGAUGGGUGAGUGUCGGCAAAGGUUCUUAUGACGGCAAAGAAUGGGACAGCAGCGAUGAGGACGGAUCGUAUGAGGCUUGGGAAGAUGACAAUGGGGAAACUGCGCAGUCGCCAAAAAGAAGCGGAACUGUGACUAAGUUGCCACCGCUGCCAAAGCUCCAGUAUGGCAGGGACGUUGACAGCGCCCCCGAGGGGAGCAAUGGCUCGAGCCCGAAGCUCGAAUCCACGAGUUCCAACCUCGACCAGCUUAUGAGCCAAAUUUCGCACGAGAUGACCCCGAGGUCUGAGUCGAGAGAGCGAUUUUCCCCCAACGAUGGGACUCCUAGGCCACCGCGGCAAUUCGGUGAUGAAGGCGAUGAACACUCGAGCGCGUUCAGUUACUCGGAUUCUGAGGAAGAGCUGCAAGUUUCGAAGACCGGGUACUUCUCAAACAUGGUAGGUGCCACGCAAAGCGCCGGGAGAAGUGGUAGUUACUCGGAUGAUGAAGUGUAUGUCACCCCUGAUCCCUCCAGCCUGUCGCGAGCAACUGCCGAGCCAGAAGCCGCGAGGAUGGACACGCGUGGGUCGGACUCGGCCUCAAGCGCAGCACACGCAUCCAAAUCUGAACUUGAGAGAUAUAAUGCCUCUCCUGAUGACCGAGAAUCCAUGUCAGCCUCUACUACUGAGGUCUCAAAGUCAUCCUCUCCUAAAGAAAAUAGUGCUUCACUCAGCGGCGGGCAGCCCGCCUCAGUUAAAAGUGACAAUGGAAGCUCCGAAACUGACCAUCUGACCGGUUCUGUCCUCUCUUCUGCGGAUGAGGUACAUACUGGAAGCAAGGAUGUGCAAUCUGGCCUCGAAAGUGUUCAAGGCUCACAACCGUCAGGCAGUGCAGUAGAAGAAAGCAAGGAAACAAUUUCAAAGGGUACUCUAGCGCAUCAAGGCGACGAUACUGCGCCUCAACAAGAGCCACAUGAAUCGCAUGGGACCCCAAUUAAAGAUGCAAGAAACAAUUCUUCUGACGAGUACGGCGAUAAUGAGUCGUUUUUCAACCAUUAUGGUAACAAUAGCUCGCAAUCUUCUCCCGCGAAUAAUCCAGAUAAUUCCCCAAAAAAGCACGAUUCAUCCCCUCUGAAACUGCGGCAAUCAUCUAAGACUCAACUUGGUUACGAGAAUGUGAAGUCUCAAGCACAAGAUGAGAACAGCAGCGACAACGCUAGCUCCACGUCGGAGCCAGGGAGUUUCAAAUUCAAGGACCGCGUAAGAGAAUCCAUUCUUGAAAGCAGCGAUGAAGACAUCGGAGAUGAUGAAAGUGUUCUUAGGGUGCCGACAAGCGGCUACUACGCAAAAAUGUUGAAAGAUUCAUCGCAGGCCGAGCGCGGCGAUGAUCAGAGUACUGAAACUGAGGGUAGCAGCAUAGUGAGCUCUGAAACAGAUACAGGCUCAAUAACGAAAAGCAUUAAUGGAAGUAAUCAAGACGGGGCAACUACACCUGAAGCUAUUUCGCCAAGGAAACAUAAUGAGGAAGACCAGACCACUGACACUGAACCGCUUGAGGAGCAGGAAGGCUCAAAAAAUCUUCAAUCAAGACAAUCAAUAAACCUUGGUAAGUGGCAGCCCGAUACUGACGCUACGAGAGCGGCAUUUCUCGGAGAGGCAAGGCCGGAGGUGCCCGAGGACUUCGUGAUUGACCAGGAUGGAAAUAUGGUUGACGUAAACCCCUCCAGUAUGAGAAAUCCUCGUGUAGUUUCAACCUACUCGGAGGCCGAAAGCGCUUGGAAUGCAUUUCCUUCCGCUGGAAACGCUGAAGGUGAUCUUGAUACCAUUUAUGACACGAAAACGAUAUAUGAUAAUCAAACGAUUUACAACGUUCCUGGCAUCGCCACCAAUAACAGUUCGUUACCGCCUCUCCCUAAUAACAUCUCAGCCUUAGAAUCUAGCGACAGUGCUGCAGUAACUGACUCAGAUUCGAUCCUCAGGCAUCUCAGCGGCGAGAAGAAACCACAUUUUUCAAAUCUGAAGGAAAACUUCUCAGUACACACUCCAAACUCUGAGGAAAUUGCUCAAGUUAGAGGCCGAGAGGCUCCAUCAGUCAAUUUAGACUCGCUGAUAAGCGCUAAAGGAAAAACGCAUGCCAUGAAAAUCAGUGAUCUCAGGAAUCACUCCGAACAACUUAAUGCUUACGAUACAGGGCUACACACAUGGAUAAAUUAUGCGCUGAAGAAUUCAAGUUCUGACAAAGAUUACAUCUUCCAGGACUAUAAAGUCAACAAACAUGUUAGGGACGCAUAUGCGCAAGCAGACGAAUUGAGUAAAAAGAUGACUGUCAGUAACACGGUGGCAAACGUAAACCAGAACGUCUCACAUCUGAAACGCAAAGUUUUCUCUCACACAAUGAAGGAAAAGUCCAAGGGUCUGUUUUCUUCUAUUGGUAAGAAGAAAGCUUAG